UAUAGUGGGCGGAGCCUGGAGGAAUACAGGUGGGAAAAGGUGACUCAGCCCUGAGUAAAGGAAGUAGCUAGCUUGCUAGUUAGAUAUUAGAGUAGAAGUUUUGUGAUUUUUUUUAAAAGAAUAGAAUUAAAUACCAGUGCUGCAUUUAAUAUUUAAGAUUUAAAUAUAACAUUUAACAUUUUUGUCGCUUUGUUAGUAUGCUAGCUCAGUGUAUGCUAGCUCAGUGUGUAUGCUAGCUCAGUGUGUAUGCUAGCUCCUGCAGAGGUAAUGGUUGAGUGGCUAGUCAGCAGAAUGGCAUGGGCAUGAUGACAGCUGAUUAAUCGUCAUGACACAGUAAAAAGAAGAAGAAAAUGCCAGCUUCAUCUUUGUAAUCUGUCUUGUUGAAGCUUCAGGCUGAAAGUCCUUGUGAUUAGCCAGGCUGAGUUGGUUGGCAGGUUUGGGGAUUAGUGUUUGUGUUCAGACUGGAUGUCAUGGUUUAUUCCUGGAGCCAUGUCCUGUAAAUCUAAAGUAGCUCCCAGUGUGGAUUUUGACCACAGUUGCUCGGACAGUGUGGAAUAUCUCACCCUUAACUUCGGCCCCUUUGAGACCGUCCAUCGCUGGAGAAGACUUCCACCCUGUGAUGAGUUUGUGGGUGCGAGGCGAAGCAAGCACACUGUCGUAGCCUACAGAGAUGCCAUCUACGUGUUCGGAGGAGAUAAUGGGAAGAACAUGCUGAAUGACCUGCUGCGCUUCGAUGUGAAGGACUGCUCAUGGUGUCGGGCGUUUACCACCGGGACUCCACCCGCCCCCCGAUAUCACCACUCUGCUGUAGUGUAUGGAAGCAGCAUGUUUGUGUUUGGUGGAUAUACAGGAGAUAUCUAUUCAAACUCCAACUUGAAAAACAAAAACGAUCUGUUCGAGUACAAGUUUGCUACGGGGCAGUGGACAGAAUGGAAGGUGGAAGGAAGGUUAGUAGCGCGCUCCGCCCAUGGGGCCACGGUGUAUAACGAUAAGCUGUGGAUCUUUGCUGGUUAUGAUGGAAAUGCAAGGCUGAAUGACAUGUGGACUAUAGGUCUUCAGGAUCGAGAGCAGGCCUGCUGGGAGGAGAUCGAGCAGAGCGGCGAGAUUCCCCCAUCCUGCUGUAACUUCCCUGUCGCUGUGUGCCGGGACAAGAUGUUCGUCUUCUCUGGCCAGAGUGGAGCCAAAAUCACCAACAACCUUUUCCAGUUCGAGUUUAAAGGUCACAUAUGGACCCGUAUCCCAACCGAGCAUUUACUCAGAGGUUCCCCGCCGCCGCCGCAGAGACGUUACGGCCACACCAUGGUAGCAUUCGACCGCCACCUCUAUGUGUUUGGUGGAGCGGCAGAUAACACGCUGCCCAAUGAGCUGCACUGCUACGAUGUGGACUCUCAGACCUGGGAGGUGAUUCAGCCCAGCACCGACAGCGAGAUGCCUAGCGGGAGGCUGUUCCACGCAGCCGCGGUGAUCCACGAUGCCAUGUACAUUUUCGGAGGAACAGUCGACAACAACGUUCGAAGUGGAGAGAUGUACAGAUUUCAGUUCUCUUGCUAUCCGAAAUGCACCCUUCAUGAAGAUUACGGAAAGCUGUGGGAAAACCGACAGUUCUGCGACGUGGAGUUUAUCCUCGGAGAGAGGGAGGAGAGGGUUCUGGGCCAUAUUGCCAUAGUAACAGCACGAUGUCAGUGGCUGCGGAAGAAGAUUCUUCAGACCAGAGAUCGACAGAAACAAAGAAGUAAACAUGAGGCCAGUGAGGAGAGCGAGGAGUCUGGAACAGGCAGACAGAAGGAUGGCUCCAGUACUUUAAGGCCAUCAGGAGGUCCUCCUCUGUUGGAGGUGUCCAUCAGAGAGGCCGAGGCUCAGCCGUUCGAGGUGCUGAUGCAGUUCCUGUACACGGACAAGAUCCAGUACCCACGCCGAGGCCAUGUUCAAGAUGUCCUGUUGAUCAUGGACGUAUAUAAACUUGCCCUGAGUUUCAAGCUUUCGCGGCUGGAGCAGCUGUGUGUGCAGUACAUCGAGGCCUCGGUUGACCUGCAGAACGUCCUCAGCGUGUGCGAGAAUGCAAACAAACUGCAGCUCGACCAGCUCAAGGAGCAUUGCCUUAACUUUGUGGUGAAGGAGACUCACUUUAAUCAGGUGAUUAUGACCAAGGAGUUUGAGCAUCUUUCCACUCCUCUCAUCGUGGAGAUCGUCCGACGCAAACAGCAGCCACCUCCCAGAGUCUACUCGGACCAACCGGUCGAUAUAGGUACAUCGCUGGUGCAAGACAUGAAGGCUUAUCUGGAAGGGGCGGGGCUGGAAUUCUGUGACAUCAUCCUGCUGUUGGACGGUCAUCCUCGGCCAGCGCACAAAGCCAUUCUGGCAGCUCGCUCCAGCUAUUUUGAAGCGAUGUUCCGCUCGUUCAUGCCCGAGGACGGACAGGUGAACAUCUCCAUCGGAGAAAUGGUGCCGAGCAAACAGGCCUUCGAGUCCAUGCUGCGCUACAUUUACUACGGAGACGUCAACAUGCCUCCAGAGGACUCGCUGUACUUGUUUGCAGCUCCGUAUUAUUACGGUUUCUCAAACAACAGGUUGCAGGCUUACUGCAAGCAGAACCUGGAGAUGAACGUUACUGUGGAGAACGUCCUGCAGAUCCUCGAGGCAGCGGAUAAGACUCAGGCUCUGGACAUGAAGAAGCAUUGUCUGCAUAUUAUAGUGCACCAGUUUAUCAAGGUGUCCAAGCUCCCCAACCUGCGAUCGCUCAGCCAGCCGCUGCUGUUGGACAUCAUAGAGUCUCUGGCAUCACACAUAUCAGAUAAACAGUGUGCCGAGAUGAGCUCCGAUAUAUAGGCAUGUCUCCUGGUCUCGUCUCUUCUCUUCUCACCUGUUUGUUUAUUCAUCUCAUGCAGUGUCUCUGCCGUGCCCCCCCCCGUCCCUUUUCUCCACGCUUGUUCUUCCUACAGCCUGCUUCUCUUUCCUCUAACAACUGAAUCUGUGGACAUUUCUGUGCAUGGUUUACUUCCUGACAGAUAUACACUAACACGUUCAUUUUCUAAUAUACGAAGUGGUUUAUUUAAAGUACCUCUGAACAUGUCACCUGAAUCCGUUUACGUAGGAUUAUAAAAUCGUCCUACGAUAAAUGAUUCCCGAAUUUAUGAAUAUGCAAAUCAGAAAGGCUUUCUCAUGACCUGCUGCUGUAAGUAGAACGUAAUCGUCGGCAAAUAACCGUGGUACAAGUGGAAUAGAACGCUGUAUGACCAAAAGUAUGUGAACGCUUGACUAUCACACCCAUAUGUGGUUCUUUCUCAAACCGUCCCACAAAGUUUGAAGCACGCGGUUGUAUACUUUGUACGCUGGAACAUUUAAGAUUUCCCUUCGAUGGGAUGAAAAGGCCCCAGACGUGUUUCAACACGACAGUGCUCCUGCGCACAAAGCAAGCUCCGUGAAAACUUUCAAAUCUGGUGUGGAAAAAUUCAAGCGUCCUGUAUAAAGCCCUUACUGAACUCGACCCCACUGAACACUUUUAAGAUGAACUGGGACGAAGGUUAUGUGCUCAUCAUGUCGAUCAGUGCCUGAUCUCGCUAAUGCUCUUGUGGCUGAACGAACGCACAUCCCACCCCCCAGCCACGCCCCAAAAUCUAGGGGAAAGCCUACCGUGAAGAAUGAAAGUUAUUAUAGCUAAUCAGUGGGACUAAAUCUGGAAUGGGAUGUUCAACAAGCACAUAUGGGUAUGAUGGGCAGGUGUUCCGAUACUUUUGACUUUCAGCGUAGUUUGUAAAUGUUGUCUGUACAUGACUGUGUCUUUCAACUCGCUAGUAAAUUUCUGUCAUUUAAUGAUUUGCAUAUCAGACGUGAUCGGUCCAGAGGCUAUUUUCUGACAUCACAAUCUGAGCGAGUCUUUUAUCUCGUUCUGUUUAUAACACUUGAAGCAAAUCGGUUAUGUUUUUAAGUUCAGGGGUACUUUAAAAUGAUUCUUGACAUUGUAAUGUAAACGAAAACAUGUAUCUUAACAUAAUGGCAAUUAUGUGACCUAUUAUUAUUAUUAUAACCAACACCUGUUAAGUAUCAUUAACGUCUCUUUACACUGGUGCCGUUAUUAAUCAAUCCCCUUAAGUGCUUUGAAUCUCUGAAUGUUUUCUACACUGCACUGUAAAUAUUAUAUACUGAGAUUUAUUUAUUCCUAAACCGUUCCAUUUAUUUUUUUGACCUCUUUAUUGUUCGUUCUAAAUGCUUCUGCUUGCAGUUGAAUGACUGUAACCUAAAUAAAUGUACAGCUUCAUAUUUCUGGUACUGUACGAUUUCUAUAUUAACUGCAGAGACCUUAAGUGGACUUACUGUAUCUAUAUUACGUCUUCCUUAAUAAAAUUUCAAAAGUUUGA